AUGCGCCUCGAGAGCUUCCUUGUCGUACUUUUUGGGGGUCUCACCCUAGCGGAAAACGAUGCCACCAAUGGUAAACAGGAAUCUUCCCCUCGAGUCCGUGGCUGGAUCGAAAAUCGAGCUCCCACUACUAGUCCCUCUAGUAGUACCCCAACGCGUCCAACUACAACUUCGCGUCAAACAGCUAUCUCGACUAGUAGCUCCACUCAGAUACUUAGUAGUUCCAAGUCUACCACGAGCUCUCCGUCGACCACUCCAAGUUUGACACGUACUUCAUCUACUUCGUCUAUCUCGUCUCUUUCGUCUACUUCGUCUCGCUCGUCCUCCUCCUCAAUCCGCUCUUCAAUGUCGUCUUCCACAACAUCGCUACCACUUCCUACUUCCUACGUGGAUUUCGGCAUUACCUUCUCAGGAUUCAAGGAAACUAAACACAACAUCACAUAUGGAUUUACGCUGCCUCCAAGCAAUGCGACAGAAUUUUUGGGGGAGAUAAUUGCACCCGUUGCCAACAAAUGGGUUGGUGUUGCUAUUGGCUCAUUGAACAGUAAUAUGAUAGCCGGUUGGCCGAAUGAUACACAAGUUGUUGGUUCCUCGCGCUUCUUGAGCUCGGGACUUGCUGUGCAGCCAAACCUUGUGAUGAACCUGACCACGGUUGCAAGCUCUGUCAACAAUACACACUGGUCUUGGGUAUAUCGCUGCGCAAACUGCACUGAAUGGUCCGGCGGGAAACUGGCUGUCAACGGAACACAAUCUAUGACCUGGCUAGUCGGAUUGCAGCCUGUUCUUACUCCGGAGGCAGACAAUAGCACGCUGAGUGCCAUCAGCGAUAUCGGUACUUGGCAACAGGAUUUGGCCGCUGCGCAAAACAGUGGAUAUUCAAAUUUUACGGUGGCCAGUAGCAGCAGUUGGGUCCGAAGAACUAUGUUCCCUUCAAAAAGUAUCGGGCAGUCCCGAUACGGACCCGCGAUUGCAACUCAUGCCGGGAAAUUGUGGAUCUCCGGCGUCAUAAACGACCAGUCACUUUGGUACGCAAGUGGCACCAACACCGUCUUUGCUCAAAGCACCACGAAUGUCAACUCCGAAAUCGCAGCGGAAGGCCCUGCAUUAGCCGAAUUUGCUGAUGUUCUCCAUCUCGUUUUUCCCGAUAAGACCACAGGGAAUUUGGUGCACUUGCAGUAUGACGAUGCAUCAGCAACCUGGGGUCAGAGAGUUGUCACAGCUUUCGCGAGCACUGCGCCAGCUACGUUGACAACAUUCAAUGGAGCGCUUGUGCUGGCUUAUAUCGACGGGACUCAAAAUAACCGACUCUAUGUUGCCCAAUGGGACCCGGAAAACCUUUGGAGCGGUCGUUAUGACCUGGGAGGCUCCCCGCAAACGUGGGGAACUGCUGCUCUCUACGCUCUGGGCUCUCAAAUAUACCUGCUGUAUGUUUCGAACAACAGCGGGCGGCAUGUCCAAGCUUUAACGUCCACUGCAUGGAACUCGCCAUGGGUUAAUGCUACAGCGCCAAACGAGAGCACGGCUUUUGGAACCAGCGCGGCAACAUACGAAAACACGGCUGUGAUGGCUUUCCAGUCCAAUAACGGGAAGGGGCAGCUCUUUGCCAGCAUUUAUAACGGUGUGAGCUGGGCUGGUCAUGAAGAUACGGGCCAAACUACCAGUCAUACCCCCGCCGUUGCCGUACUUGAUGGGAUCGCGAACUGUAUCUUCUCGUCGCAUGAUUCCUCGUCAACAGUGCUGUGGACACAACGACCUGUUUCGCCUUUCUCCCUGAGCAGUUGGAUGGCUCAUCUGAGCGACAGCCUUUUGCUAUCACAACUAUCCAUUCCCGGCUCUCAUGAUAGUGCUUCCGUGACUAUUGUUCCAUUUACCGCUACCCAGGAUUUAUCCAUCACCGAUCAGCUCAGCAUGGGCAUACGUUUCUUCGAUCUUCGCUGCACAAUCGUCGACAACGUCCUUGAGAUGUAUCAUGGCUCAAUUCCUCUCGGAACGUUCCUGUCGGACAUCCUAGGAGAAAUUUACUCCUUCAUAGGAAAUGCUGGCUCCAGUGAAGCGAUCAUUGUGUCUAUCAAGCAGGAUCAUGACCCCGUUGACUCGAAUGUGCCAUUCGAUCUUGCUGUGUUGCGUCUUUUGCAGCAAAAUGGACAGUUCUGGAAUCUCGGCGCGACAAUCCCCACUCUAGGAACUGUUCGUGGGAAAAUUCAGCUUGUGCGUCGCUAUUCUAGCACCACUAGCCCCGAAACCUCGAUUGGCAUCGCCGCGACCGGGUGGCAAGAUAAUGUGCCAACUUUCAACAUCACUUUGCCAAACGGUGCCUUCGUUAUCGAGGACCGGUACAACUAUGAUGGCGUUGUUGGCUUGGAUCUUGUCGUUACUAACAAGACCAGCUAUCUGCUAACAUCUUUGGUCAACGCGCAGAACGACAAUACGAACUCGAAUUGGUAUAUCUCGUUCUCCAGUGCCUCCAAUACGCCAUUCAAUGAGCCGGAGACACUAGCGGUGGGGGGUAUCGCGAUCGUUCCGCCUGGCUUCGUCGAUGGUGUCAAUUCUCGACUGUUCACCUAUCUAUACUCGCUAUUGGGAGGAACUCGCAGGGUUGGCACGAUUAUGAUGGACUUUGUUGAUACCCCGGAUGGUGGAGGGCUUCCAGAGCUCAUAAUCUCUCUCAACGGAUGA